AUGGCCACGGCGGCGGCGGCGGCCCGGGGGGCCGGGGCCAGGGCGGCGGCGGCGGCCCUGCGGGGUGGCUGCGGGACUGCGGCCCGGGGGCGUCCGCGUGCGGGACCUUCACGGCCCCUGUGCACUGCGGCCGGGACCGCCCCGGACCUGAAGCGCUACCUAUGGGAGCGGUACCGGGAGGCGAAGAGAGGCACGGAUGACUUGGUUCCUUCAAUUAUGAGCAACUUGUUGAAUCCAGAUGCCAUUUUCUCAAACAAUGAAAUGAGCCUGUCGGACAUUGAAAUCUAUGGCUUUGAUUAUGAUUACACCUUGGUGUUUUAUUCCAAGCACCUCCACACGCUGAUAUUUAACGCUGCUCGGGAUCUUCUCAUCAGCGAACACCGGUAUCCUGCAGAAAUCAGGAAGUAUGAGUAUGACCCAGAUUUUGCAAUUCGUGGACUUCAUUAUGAUGUACAUCGGGCAAUGUUGAUGAAGAUUGAUGCCUUCCAUUACAUCCAGCUGGGGACUGUCUACAGAGGACUCAGUGUGGUCCCUGAUGAAGAAGUCAUUGAAAUGUAUGAGGGAUCCCACGUGCCUUUGGAACAGAUGAGUGACUUUUACGGAAAGAGUUCUCACGGGAACACCAUGAAGCAGUUCAUGGACAUCUUCUCCCUGCCGGAGAUGACCCUCCUGUCCUGCGUGAACGAGUACUUUCUGAAAAACAACAUUGACUAUGAACCCGUCCAUCUGUACAAGGAUGUCAAGGAUUCAAUUCGAGACGUCCACAUCAAAGGAAUCAUGUACCGAGCCAUCGAGGCAGAUAUUGAAAAGUACAUCUGCUACCCCGAGCAGACCCGCGCAGUCUUGGCAAAACUGGCUGACCAUGGCAAGAAGAUGUUUCUCAUCACCAAUAGCCCCAGUAGCUUUGUGGACAAAGGGAUGAGGUAUAUGGUUGGAAAAGACUGGAGGGACCUGUUUGAUGUGGUCAUCGUUCAGGCCGAGAAGCCAAACUUCUUUAAUGACAAGCGGAGACCCUUCCGAAAGGUGAAUGAGAAGGGUGUCUUACUCUGGGAUAAAAUCUACAAGUUGCAGAAAGGCCAGAUUUACAAGCAGGGCAAUUUAUAUGAAUUUUUGAAGCUUACUGGAUGGAGAGGAUCCAAAGUAUUGUAUUUUGGUGACCACAUAUACAGUGACCUGGCUGAUUUGACCCUCAAGCACGGCUGGCGAACCGGGGCAAUUAUCCCGGAGUUACGAUCCGAGCUCAAGAUCAUGAACACACAGCAGUACAUUCAAACGAUGACCUGGCUGCAGACCCUGACGGGGCUCCUGGAGCAGAUGCAGGUUCACAGAGAUGCCGAGUUGCAGCUGAUUUUGGAGGAGUGGAAAAAGGAACGAAAGGGGAUGAGGGAAAUGACUAAAAGUUUCUUCAAUGCCCAGUUUGGAAGCUUGUUCCGCACGGACCAAAACCCAACCUACUUCCUGCGGCGCCUGUCUCGGUUUGCCGACAUCUACAUGGCGUCUCUGAGCUGCCUCUUGAACUACGACGUCAGCCACACUUUCUACCCCAGGAGGACUCCACUGCAGCAUGAACUCCCUGCGUGGUCUGACAGCCCCUCCGGUCAGACUCCCCUCCUGCAGGAGUUCCAGGCCAAGUAACAAGGGCCCAUCUGUGGAAAAAGCCAGAAACAGUGUCAGUCCCAGAUUGGGCGGACGUGACGGGGUCGACUUUGUGUGAGGACGUGUGUUGCUUUCUGAAAAGAUACAAAUAUGCCUUUUGAUAUUUAUAUUGUACUUUCUGGAGAAUAUUCCCCACUGGUCCUGACUUCCUCCAUGUGUUCUGGGGCUGAAGGGCGAGCUUCAUAUUGAAACUCUAUGUGAUUCAGCCUCUUGGUGUACCACAGUAUUGUAACUGAUGUCAGUUUUUCUGGGAUAAGGGAGACUUCUGGAUGUUGUCUCUGUAUUCCAGCAGGUCAAGUUUUGAAACUGUUCUUGACUGUUGCUUGGAAAAUUUACUGAAUGCUUAGAGGCAGUGCAUUGGGAACUAUGGGGCACAGAACCAUGCAAAGAAAAACUCAUGAUUCAGUGGGCUCUAUAAUAGCAUGAUGCUACAGUCCAUAGCAGGGAUGACCCCCAAAUAGCAAACAGAUACCCAAAUCCCAAAUCGUUUGGUACUAAGAUUCUGGCACUUGGUGUGUCACUUCAAAGAAAACUCAGCCUCCCUGGGAGGACUUUAAGUGAGAAUGAACAAGAAAAGUUGCUACUCCUUUACCCUUUGUCCUCAGUGGUCUGCUUCCUGAGUCAUACCCCAGGCUGGGGAUGGACAAGUGGUGUAACAAGGGGUGGGUGGGUUCACUCUGUGAAGACAAGACUCGGGUUAAAUCAGGGAGAUAAGAGCUCUGGUUAAAUCGCUUUCCAGGUUGCAAAACCGACUUGUAGAAGAAGGCGGCAAGAAACAAGCAUGCCAGAAGGGCCAAAACGUUUGUGGUAAGUCUCCCAGGGGUAUGUUAAACCUGAACAAGUGACUAGACUGUUGGUUUAAUGUACUCCUUGGAGGAAGGAAGAUGAAAUAGGGAAAAAUGUCCCUGUAAUACAUUACCUCACCCUGGCACCCACUGAGCUGCAUUGGACUCUUGUUAGAGCAUACGCAGUACUGGAUAAUAUAUACUAGAAAUUGUUCUUGUCUGGAGGGAAACACACACCUGAAAUACCUAAUGAAGACAGGUGAUUGAAUUCAGGCAGGGGAGGAGGGAGACGGCCAUCUCCAGCCCUCUCCUUCCCUUCCAUUUCCUUCCUGUAGUAUUUGUGUGGCUAUUUGGGGAGCUUGGGUGGUUUUCUUUAGGUGUGUGGUGUGUUUAAGCUGGGAGAUGAUAAAGGGCAUUGUAGCUAAGAUAAAAAUUAGCAAAGACCUAGCUCCCUUGAGCUUUUCGUGUUUCUUCCUAAGGGCAGUGUGGGUGGCAUGUGUUCUCAUACCUAAAGGGAGGCAGGGAUGUGAAGGGGGCUGUGGAGAGUGAUUGCUUCUUCGGAAUUUUUAUUGCAAUAAAUGUACUGUAACCAGAGAGUGAGAAAAUGCCAGCUUGGUGUUGCACAGGCUACCCGCCAAAAUGCAAAACUUAAAGUUACUUAGUUGUAUAUUUGUCAUGCCAUUUGUUAUGAUGGGGUUUUACUCCUGCUAUUUUGCUGUAUUUAACUGUAAUGGUGACGGUGACCCUUAAGACCCAGUUGGGCUCCUUUUUUGCUUCUAAAUGUUAUUAUAAACACAGGGAGAGCAGUUCCUUCCUUGGAGCAGGAGUAGGCAUAUUAUUUGUUGUUUGUUCGCUCCUAGGUGUUUUAAGCAUCAGCGUGUAGGAGAAUGAGGUGUGUAGCAGGUGAGGGGUAGAAGCCCAGAACUGCUCAGUGUUAGGGUUUUGAAAGGACCCGCUGUGCUCUCAGCUUAGAAUUUCUCUGGAGAAGCAGAGUGAGGGAGUGGCUGUUGUUUAAAGUGAGAUUCUUGGCUUUCAUCUAAUCAGAUGUUCAUUGGGUGUCUACUCGGUGCCAGUUAGAGGGUGUUUUGUUUACUCGAGAGUGAUGGUUAUAAGGACAGGAUCUGCUUGAAAUGAAUACAUGGCCUGGCACAUGGCAAGCUCCAGAAGCUCUGUUAACUAUUUGCUGUUACUAAUGUGAUCAUUUCUACUGAACGCAUGAAUGUGCUGUCUGCUGAGCCCAGGAAGGCAGGAAAACCAAGAGCCACCUGGCAGGCCAGCGUGAAGCCACAGACAUUGCAGGAUGAGCACAUGGGCUCAGCAUCUACCAGGCUCCCUGUCUCUAAGCCUCUGAGCCACACACAGCCCACCUCCCCAUGCUCCCAGGACUCCAUGACCCCCAGAGGAGUGUGACUGUGAUGGUGCCGCCCCAGCGCCGGGCACAACACAGGUUCCUCUGGGGGUGGUGACCAGUGCCAGAGACUGACCGAGGCCAGGCUUGGACGAGGGGGCCAAGGCUGGUUGAGGGCAGGAUUAUGUCCUUUGCUGGCCCCUGGAUGGCAGACACCCAUUUUUCAGAAAGGGGAAACGGAGGCUGUAGGCAGUGCAGUGACUUGCCCAAGGUGGCUCAGCAUCAGGAGCAGCUGGGUGUCCAGAGCCCCCUUGGUCCUCCCCUCCUUGCCACCAUAGUGGGGGUGGCAGGCACUGUGAGAUGGUCCCUAGGUGCCUCCCAGUUUCGUUAAGAGGGGAGUGUGGAUGGCUCCAUGCAGACAGUCCCCUCUUAUUUUUUUACAAUCACAAGGAGCCCACCCCAUCCCUGAGCCCAAGUGCUCCUGGAGGUUGGGCCUUUCCCCCUUCUGGGCCUAACCCAAGUUCUUCCCAAAACUGGCUCUUGCCAGGCAGUGCUGCCGACCGUAUGAGUGGGUGACCAGCUGCUGGAGGAGCAGGUGGGCAGCUUUGAAGCUUGGAGUGAAUUAAUCAUCCCAUGGCCAGCAAUAAUGUGUUUGAUCAAACUCUGAGAAGGCACAAAAACACUCCAAGAUGGAGCAGCUGCUGGGGGCUGGGACAGGGCAGGGCAGGUGAUCCUGGGGCUCCUUCCGGAGGCCCCUUACCUAGCUGGCCUAGGUUUCCAUUUGGCAUUUGGGAUCCAUGGUCUCUGAGGGCCCUUCCUGCAAAGGCGCUUCCUGGCUCCCUUGACACUCCCAGCCCAACCUGGGGAUGCCUACCCUGGGAGCUUGACCUUGUCCCCAUUUUCCAGAGAGGGAAACUGAGGCCUUGCCUGAAUCUGCACUGCUCUCUUGACCUCAUCUUCACCUCCCACGCAGGCCAUCGCUCCCCCAGCCUCACAUGCCCCUCAGCCCUUCACCCCCAUUACAGUUGUGACGCAUCACCCCCAUUUUCAGAGUUGGAGGCUGAGGCCCACCCUGUGUUGCUGGAGGAGCUGCCCGCAGGCCUCUUCCUGAUGUGCGGCCUCCACUGCACGUCUCUCCCUCGGGGCCUGACCUUUCUUUCCUGACCACUGGACAGACCCAUGUCCCCUCCUCCCCUCCUCAACUUCCCAUACUGCUCACUUCCUGUGUCUGCUCCCUGGGGGCCCUCUGUCUCCCCAAGAUCCCCAGCCUUGACACAGGAGACCUGGGCAGACACUCAUCCUGGUUUGAGAGAUCUGCUCAAAAAGAUAUGCCCCCAAAAUGCAGCCUGGGCCAUGGAGACCACCUUUUUUUUUAAUUCCCCCAAGAAAACUCCAUGUCAGUUACACUUAAAACGGGCAGGAAUGAACACCAACCCCAAGUGUGAUUCAGGGGGAGAUUACCCACUCUCCUCUAGAUGACUGGCGGCUGCCCGCUACGUCGCACCAUCUAACGGGAAUCAGGUGGGUGCUUCCCGAUGGGGCCGGGACAGGCGACCCUCCCUCCCAUUCCUGGCCAGCACGAAGUCAGUAGUUGAUUCUCUUUCCUUUGGAAGGACUACUGGUGGGGGAGGACAAACUUCUCAUCAGCUAUAGUGUGUUUGGGGAGAAAACUCACCCAGAGGGACCCCAUGCAGGUGUCUGUUCCCAGCCCCAGCCCCAGGUCCGCGGCCCCACUCACCCAGCCGUGAUGCCCCCAUGCUACCUUUGCCGCGACCCCCACCGGGCCUGCCGGCCAGAGAUAUGGGCUCUUACUGCUCUUGGCACUUACCCGGUGCUCACUUUGACCUGGGUGGGAGGAAAGCUGGGUGGCAGGGACACUGGGGGUCCAGAGCUGCGCUCUGCCCCGUGCCCCCCUCUCCUGGCACGGCCUAGGCCUGCCGCCUCUGCCAUCUGGCUGGCCAAGGCUGAGCUCCUGCCCUCCCUCACCCCUUCCUCCCACAUUUGAAGUUAAUAAAUGGAAGCAUCUGUUGCCAAAAAAAGAAAGUGAAGUAGAUCUAUUUAAAAAACCUGUUUCCAUGGAUGUCUAGGUUAGGUGACCUAAGAGUUGGGGGAGAAAUACAUUCUGUGUUAUAAUCAUGAAUUUCAUGGUUCACUACCGUUUAGGAGGGGUCAGUCUCCGGCCAUGGAGUUUGGCGGCAUUGAGGUCUGUGUGGGGGGGAGGGCAGGGGUCUGAUUCCCAUCUUAGCAGGACCCCCAAGCUGCACCUGGUAGGUGUAGCCCCUUGUACACAGCCAGCAACAGGAGCCAGGACAGCUGUCUCUAUGUGGAGGGCAGAGGCAUUUUCCUACUCACUAUUUAUCCAUCUAACUCAAUCAGGACAGUUUUUAGCUUGUCACUGUCAGGACUCUCAGCUGGGACUUUGGUGCACUACACUGGGCAUUUUGUUCUUACUGGUUUGUUCUCUGGUGCGCACACUGAUGAAAGCAUAUGUGUACAUGGGAAGUGAAUAUGUUUUCUAUCAUUAAAGAAUUCAAAUUGGAAAGUGAACAAAAUAAAGUGUUUGCACAUUAAAAAAAAAUGACCAUUUUUAGCAUUGGCUAGACUGGUUUUCUAAGAAAUAUGUGAACAGAAAUUCAUAAUCCAGGGCUGUCCUCGCCAGUGAAGACAGUUCAGCAUGGCUCACGGUAAAUACCCUUGGCAGAUUGCCCUGGAGGGGACCUGCACAGAUGGUUUUUUCCAAUGUUGCUAUUAUAGAUGAAAGUGGCUUUAAAAAAAAAAUUUAGGCAUUUGUGUUAGAGCUCCUAAUUUCUUUGGAACAUAUCCUUGGUGUUUAUUUUAUUUUAUUUUUAUUCUAUUUGGCUCCAUUUUCUGCUAUCACUGUAAUGCCUUGUAACAUAAACCACCUGUUACUGUUGCAGUUACAUCUCAGACUAAAUUACUAGUUACUUCGAAUGCAUCAGCUCUGUUAAUUAUUGUGAAGGAGAAAUGAAAAGUAAUCUUUCCCCCUAGCUCAUUUAGCUUUGGGGGAAACAAAUGGCUUCUCCUCUCCUUCUCAAAGGCUUUCUAAGGAGCAGAGAGGGUGCUAAAUAUUGGAAUUGAAUUCCACAAUGCCAAGUGCUCAUUUGCUGUCCAAGGACCCCUUGGGAGCCCUUGAUGUAGAGAGCUCUAAGACUAAAUUUGGCCAGAGGCAGGGCUUCUUGAUUCCUUUAUUCAAGUAGUAGGGAUCCUGUGUUUUGCCCUCUUAGUAUGGAUAUCUUUUUGUGUUUUCUUGCCUUGGCAUGAUGGAGGUGUUGGCUCAAAGUUCAGCUAACCUUUGCCACCAAUGGAAGAUUAAGGAAAGGAAAGAUGUGUCUCUGUUGCAGGGUUCUGCAGUCUUUUCCUAUAAAGGGCCGGAUUCUCUGUCACUACUACUUGAGGAAAGGUCCUGGCUGUGUUCCAAUAAAACUUUAUUUACAAAAAUAGAUGGCAGGACUGGAUUUGGUCCUUGGGUCAUAGUUUGCCAACCCUUGCCCUAGAGGAUUGGUGGCAAUGGCAAGAUUACCUCGCUGAAAGAAAGCAUGCAUCAUAGUUCGGAUGCAAAUAGUAGAAAGAAGUUCUGUAGGUAAGUGCUUCACAUUCCCUUAAGAUCUACUUUCUGGGCAUAUUUACUUAAGCCAGCGAUAAAAUCCUGUGUUCUAGCACAUGGCAUAAUUGCUUCCUUUUGUGUCAUUGGGCUGCCAGGCUCAGGUAUUAGUUGAAUAUACCUCUUGUUGCAUUUGUUUGUAACUGUGCGAGUAGUGGAUGCCCGACUGGGCUGCUCAAAUCCUUCUUCAGGAAGAAGGACUUAUUCCCCCAACUGCUGCGAGCACUGCCUGCCCACUGUUCACAGUUGGCAGCCCUCCUCCGGGAGUUCCCUCUGCAGAAGAGCCUUGCUUCACCUGAGGCUGUGCCCCUUCCCAGAGCAGCCAGUAACCCCUGACUAGUUGACAUGUGGGUGCCAGGCCAGGUCUCACCCCAACUCGGGACAACUCUGGAGGGCUGACUCAGCUCCGGAGCACCCUGCUGGGUAAGCUGAGGCUCAUUGUGUCUGCAUUACAGCCUGACCUGUCCGUCUGCCAGUCCUGUCCCCUUCCCUGCUCUCCCUAGGCUGACCCAUGGGCACUCUCCUGUCAGCUUCCUGCACACCAGUCUCCGUUUCAGUGAUUGCUUUCUGGGGAGCCCAAUUGCAACAGUGCUUCUCUACUUUUCUAGUAGAACUCUGACUUAGGAAACAGUUUCUAAUUAUUUAGUGGAAUGACAAGUUGUGCCUGUAGGAUAUCAGGCACAAUAAAUACAAAUAAAUACAGACUUACUAUUUAUUCUGAAUAUGAAUUUGCUAUUUAUUCUAAAUGUUGAUUUUAUGUGUUAUGUGAUAUUGAACUUCUUGCCAAAUAAAAGUUUGAAUUGU